UGCAGGGGAGGGGGACGCUUGGCUGUGCCAGACCCUCCGGGGGGCAUUGCGAGAAACAGAGGCAAAAGUUCUCCUCCCUUGUUGCUGAGCUGGCAAAGGCGUUGUUCGGUUUCGGUCUCUGCAUCUUUAAAACCGCACACGCAUCCAGACUGUCUGUGCCCCCUGCAGCCUUAAAAUAACCCUUAUCGCCUAGGCAAUGGAUGAGGAACUGUAACAGGUGCUCUGCAUAUUUUGCCAAGGCCGCUGCAGGGGGGGUGAGGUUGCUGCUGUUCCAUCCCUGUCAAGCCAGGGCACUGGGUGGGGAGGAAGAGGGGACAGAGGGAGAGAAACUUUUCAGCACCGCUUGCAGAGUAGCGACCUACAUAGCACCCAGUCGGAGGCCUCCGAGAAGACCAGGCUCACAGCUUGGGGGUGUUACGCCACCGGGGCGGGUCUCGACGGCUCCUGAGGCAAAAUUGAGGCCCUCCAAGGAGAGAGGCAGGGAGAGGGGCUAUGAUGUGGCCCAACUUUUUCCUUCAGGAUGAGGAGCAGCGCAUGGGGGCGCGCACGCGGGCCGGGGGCAAGCGGCGCAAGGCCCUGACCGACGAGCAAGAGGGGAAGAUCAAGCUGGCCUUUUUCGUGGCCAUCGUGGGCAUGACCCUGACGGUGCUGGCGGUGGGGACGGAAUUCUGGGUGGAGCUCAACACCUACAAGCAGAACCACACGGCCAUCUGCGAGGCGGCCCACUACGGCCUUUGGAAAUUCUGCUACAAAAGACUUUGGGUGGAGGACGUGGAGGAUCAACGGGCCACCUGUGGACCAGCCGAGCUGCCUGGAGAAGCCAACUGUUCUUAUUUCAAGUUCUUCACCACUGGGGAGAAUGCCCACAUCUUUCAGAGGACAACUAAAAAAGAGCUGAACAUUACAGCCGCCGUGGUGUCCCUUCUCAGCAUCACGCUCAUGGCCAUGGGAUCGAUCUGCAUCACGAUGGCUCUGAGCAAAGAGAUAGAAUUCCUUUUGAAGCCGGCGUCCAUUUUCUUUAUCAUAUCAGGUAUCAUGGUGCUGGUGUGUCUGGAGGUGUUCCGGCAUUCGGUCCGGUGGCUCAUCACCUCUGAUGAGUCCGUCCCGUUGGAGUACGAAUAUUCCUGGUCUGUGGCUUGUGCGGUGGCUGCUGGAUCCAUUCUGAUCUUUGGCGGAGGCUGCUUUAUUCUUCUGUCCAUCCCAAACUUUCCCAAAAAGCCCUGCGAAUCCUGCAUCAAAGGCAGAAGCAGCAGCAGCAGCAGCACUUCCUAAAACCCAUUUGGUGUGGGAGGGAAGCCUCCCCCCAAGUCUCUUUGUAUCACUGUGCAACACACACACACACACACACACACACACACAUGUUUAUACCUCCACCUACCUUUAGAGGGUGGAAAGAAUUGAUCUUGGUCCCCUCCCCCAGGCCCAUCUGCCCCAUUUCUCCGUCGGGACUCAGCGCCCCCCUCCCACUUUGUGACUUGUAAAUAGAACAACUAGUGCUUGUUUUGUUUUUUGGAUUUGGGUGGGGGGGGUGAGGGGUGGGAGGGACUGAAAAAAAAGGGCUCUGUGAAAUGUGGGGGCAGCUGCAUUAAUGAACUGGGCAACGAUGACGGGAGGGAAGAUAAAGGGCUGUAUUUAAAACCUGGUUUUUAUAAAUGGCUAUUUUUAGCUCAACCGA